AUGAAUACUCUGAUAUCUCAAGUGAAUGCUGUUUUCAAUCCCAAGGUCCCCUGCUUCUACACCGAUGCUGAGAGGAGAUCCGUCAUCGAUGCGGCUCAGAUCGCAGGACUCAACUGUCUGAGACUCAUGAAUGAAACCACCGCAGUGGCUCUGGCAUACGGGAUCUACAAGCAGGAUCUUCCCGCUCCUGAAGAAAAGCCAAGGACAGUGGUGUUUGUGGAUAUUGGCCAUUCAGGCUACCAGGUCUCUGUGUGUGCCUUUAAUAAAGGCAAGCUUAAGAUUCUUGCUACAGCCUUUGACCCUGAAAUGGGAGGAAAAGACUUUGAUGAGCGGCUGGUCAGACAUUUUUGUGAGGAGUUUGCAGUGAAGUACAAGCUGGAUGUG